CACGACAGAUUACGGAGAUUGCAGCAUGGCCACCCCAGACCCCGCGACGGAGUCAACUUCCUCGGCCUCCUCUCCUCCCCAGUUUAGAGUGAAGUUCAAGAAGUGGUGGGCGGUGGCCGUGUGGAAAUGGAUCACUCCCAACGACGAGACGGAAUGCGGCAUCUGCAGACUGCCGUUCGAGGGCUGCUGUCCCGACUGCAAGUUCCCCGGAGACGACUGCGCGCUCGUGUCGGGGCAGUGCAGGCACAGUUUCCACCUCCACUGCAUACAGAAGUGGCUGGAGGCUCAGCAGAUGCAGCAGCAGUGCCCAAUGUGUCGCCAGGAGUGGCAGUUUAGUGAAUGACUGUCCCCCUGGCUGACUUCAGACAGCAUCACAUCACUCCCUCCAGCAGAUUUUUAAUAGAUCAGAGUGCAUCUCCAAAUUUUAAUGUGCAGCAACUAUAAUGGAUCAUGAUCAAUGUGCAGCAACUAUUACAGAAAUUUUAGCAACUGACAGUCUUUUUUAGCAACAAAGUUCGGGGCACCUCCUAUGCAAGGCAGGCUAAUCACAGCUAUUGCAAAAAGUGGGUAUAUACAAUCUACACUUGGCUGUAGUUAUAUAUAGCUAAACCUAAGGAUUGCUUGUCACCAGUACAUUACUACAAUCAACGCUCCUUGACCAAGACGUAGAGCUCUUUAGCUGGCAUGGUCACCAGUCCGUGAUCCCGUUCCACCACCUGGUCUGGAACGGCGACCAGCUGGAACCGGAACAGGAGAACGGCAAGGAUGACAGUGGUCUCAAAGUGGGAGAAGAUGUAGCCAGGGCACUUGCGGCG